CAUGAACUGGGUUGAAUCUGAAGUGCUGUCUAUGCAGGCGGCACUCUAGGUUUUGAGACGCAACCUCGCGGGAGACACGGCACAUCUCAACUUUCUCCAGUCUAAUGGACCGGAACCAACAACCUCUAAACUGAUUUCACUGUGGACCCUCGCUUUCAUACGCACUCAGUAUCAUCUGGAAACACACUCAGGAAGAGCCACGCGAACUUUGUCGAGUGGUUUUGUUUAUUUUGAUGCUGAAGUGAUAUCGUCGCCGCUCCAUGGAAACUCUCCGCGAGGUGACACGUGUAUGAGCGUGUUUUUUCCCCUGUCUGGGUGACUGGGAUUGGUGCUGGAUGCACACGGUUGUUUAUUGUGGUUGGGAAAAUAUCGCGUCUCAUUUUUGAAGUGGACGUUAUUAGGCUGCUGUUAGCUUUAGCAUAGCAAGGCCUCGUCUGCAAGUGUGGGUUUGCGGUAUUGCUGCUGCUGUGUUGGCUGUGGACGUACACACAUUCAGCAUUAGAAAGCCCAAAAGUGUCAAAGGAGUGUAACUUCGAGCAAUAGGAAGUGUUUCUUCUUCACCUGGGAGCUGCUGCUGAAUAUGAAGUGAACCUCCUGGUCAGCACAUCAAAAUACAGAUGCAACAGCCUCAUGCAACAUCAUAAUCCGAUGCCUCUCCUGAUGCAUCUGAAAAUGACUAUAGGAUAUAGGACGAAUAAAAGCUAAAAACAAAAGCCCAAUGAGCGACACACGGUCCACAGUCACUGACAGAACCGGUAGCACCCUCAGCAGAGACCACCCUCCCGAUAAGAGACCCGAAAGCAUCAAGCAGCCUGGUACCCCUACACACGAGUUUGACCCUACAGAAGUGCUGGUGCAGAAGAGUGGAUUUGUAGGGACUGACAGGAGACCCGAGUCUUGUGGGCUGGUUCAGAGAUGCGUGAUCAUUCAGAAAGAUGAGAACGGCUUUGGGCUGACCGUCAGUGGGGACAACCCUGUUUUCGUGCAGCUCGUCAAACAGGAUGGCGCUGCAAUGCGUGCAGGUGUUCAGACGGGGGACAGGAUCAUUAAGGUGAACGGGACAUUGGUGACGCAAUCGAACCACGUUGAAGUGGUGAAAUUAAUCAAAUCUGGCUCAUACGUGGCCCUCACAGUGUUAGGCCGGCCUCCCGGGUUACCCCAGAUCCCCCUCUCGGAGGUAGACGUGGGUCUCGGGUCACCGGGGGAUUAUGGGGACCCCUUUGUUUCAUCUCCCAACUCUUACAAUGCAGCGAAACGUACCUCCUCUCCUUUGGUAUCAUGGGAAGAGAACAGUUCUCCACUUAUCCAAAGAAUGGACAACAAGAGGAUGGUGUUCAUAGAACAACAGGACAUAAAGGGACUGAAGGAGGACUACAGCAGAGUUCCUACACCCAAACCACUACGGGAUAUCCAGCAAGCCAAGAAGCACAUUCCACAUCAGCAGGGCCUGCUUAACAGGGCUCCACAUGAGAGUGUCAGGAACAGUGAAGAUGGCUGUUGGCUGAAUGAGGAUCAGAAUAAGGGAGAUUUCAGCCCGGAGGGUUUCUGGAGUGGAAGUUCAGUGUCAACUGUCCAGCGCGGUUUCUACCCGGCCUCUCCAGAGAGCCAAAGGGAAUCCAACUGUUCCAGUCCGAAGUGCACCCCCAGAGACAGCCUCAACUCCUGCCCCUCCCUGGAGGUCGACGACAGUCCCAACCUGAAUUCUCGUUUCCCAUCCACCAUUGGGAUCCCACCCCCCCGCCUGGCUUCAGAGAUCAUUGCUGCUGAAGAUGAUGACUUUGACUCUGAGCAGGAGCAGGUGAACGGACAGUGCAGCUCCUUCCAGAGUAUCGAGAUUCUCAAGACUCGCCCCGCUCAUCUUGCGGUCUUCCUACACCAUGUGAUCUCUCAGUUUGACCCUGCACCUCUGCUCUGCUACCUCCACGCUGACCUCUACAAACAGACCAACUCCAAAGAAGCACGGCGGAUCUUCAUGGACUUCUUGACGUUCUUCAUAGACCGGGGGGCAAAUUUGAAAGUCGCUGUGCCUGAAUCCAUCUCCUCUGAGCUCGAGCGACGCAGACCAGAGCUGAUUCCAGAGGAAUUACACAGGCAAUAUAUACAUACAAUGCAGGAAACUCUCCGUCCGGAUGUACAGAGAAACUUGGAGGACUUCAGGCAGAAGCGCAGUAUGGGCUUGACCCUGGCUGAUGUAGAGCUGUCUCGUCUGGACUCUGAACAGCUGGCUCCAGAGAGAGAGAGAUUAUGCGCUGAAAACAUCCUCUCCAAGAUAGAUGAUGUCCUGUUGUCUUCACAGCCCACAGAGGAGGAGAAAUGCAACACCAUACAGUAUGUGAUCUUUCUGUACAUGAAGCAUCUGGGAGUUCGAGUGAAAGAGCAACGAAACCUGGAAUCCAAACGAGUUCGAAUUAAUUUUCUUCCUUCUAAACUAAGGAAAAGCAAAACAGAGAAGGAAGGGGAGAAAAAGCCUCGCUUUCCCAUCCGGGUGCCCCCUCGGUGGCCCAGUCGCAUCGAUUCCGUACCAUCUGGGAGGGUCGGGGACAACAUCAAGCAUCGGCCUCAGAAGCAGAUGUCUCAGCCUACUUUGGGCGGGUUAGAGUUUAUGGAGGGUGGACGUUUUCGGAGCAGUCAGUCAAGUGAGGGCUCAGACCUCCUACAAAGCCCGAGUUUGAUCACCUCUCCCUUCUUCAGUGCCUCUUACGGCUCACCCUCAGACCCCUUGGGCAGGGACCCAGAGUUUGGUAUGAGCCCGUCUGCGGUGGUUCCCCGGCUCAGUGAUGGGCUGCAGUCUGGAGAUGUGCUAGACAGCAUUUACCCACCCUGUGACUACAUCCCAUACAACAUGGACCAGCCAGAUGAAGAUGCAGACAGACUCCCUGAUGGGGGCACACCAAAACUGAGUAGAAGGUUUGAAGAGUUGCAAAGUGAGGAUGAUCAGGGGAGUGAUGUUUUCUCCGAUGUAGAUCCUCCAAACUGGCAGCAGCUGGUCGGGCGUGAUGUUUUAGCAGGCCUGACGCCCCACGAGAUCAAGAGACAAGAAGUCAUUAAUGAACUAUUCUACACGGAGCGAGCCCAUGUACGCAUGCUGAAGGUCCUAGACCGUGUCUUCUACCAGAAGCUCACCCGAGACAACAUACUGCCCCCUGCUGAUAUCAAGAACAUAUUCACCAACCUGGAGGAAAUCGUCCAAUUGCACAUGAGGAUAGCAGAUCAAAUGACGGCGAUACGCAAGAAGAACGAGUUGACGGUCAUCGACCACAUAGGAGAUGAGUUGCUGUCUUGGUUCAGUGGUGGAGAGGAGGAAAAGAUCAAGCAAGCAGUGGGCACUUUCUGCAGUAACCAGCCCUUUGCCCUGGAGCUCAUCAAAUCCCGGCAGAAGAAGGACCAGCGUUUCACCUCCUUCAUGCAGGAGGCUGAGAGCAAUCGACUGUGUCGACGAUUACAGCUAAAGGACAUCAUCCCUGCAGAGAUGCAGAGGUUCACCAAGUACCCUUUACUGAUGGACAACAUUGCCAAGUUCACAGAUGAGUCAGAGGAGAAAGACAAAGUGAGACGAGCAGCCGAAUGCUGUCGGCACAUUCUCAGCCACGUCGACCAGUCUGUGAAGGAGUCCGAGAAUAAACAGAGACUGGAGGACUACCAGAGACGACUGGACCUCUCUUCCCUAAAGCAGAGCGAGAACCCCAUGAUCUCGGAGUUCAAGAACCUGGAUCUCACUAAAAAGAAGAUGGUCCAUGAGGGUCCUCUGUCCUGGAAGAUUAACAAAGACAAAACCAUUGAGCUGUAUACUUUACUCCUGGAAGACAUCCUGGUGUUAUUGCAGAAGCAGGACGAGCGUUUCAUUCUCAGGUGUCACAGCAAGAACCUCGCAGGAACGGCUGACACAAAACACAUAUUCAGUCCCAUCAUCAAACUCAGCACUGUGCUGGUGCGCUCGGUGGCAACAGAUAACAGAUCAUUCUUUGUGAUCUCCAUGUCCAAAAACGGAGCACAGAUUUAUGAGCUGAUGGCACAAACAGUGUCCGAGCAGAGAAUGUGGCAACGGCAGAUUGCUCAGAGGGCAGAUGUUAUAAACGCCAAACCCCAUAGCAUCAUUCCUUUGCCUCAGCACGAUGGUGACAGAGACGGUGUUGAGUUAAACAAGUUCAGCAAAGGCUCCGAACGGAUCUCCACAGGAAGCAUCCAGUCCGCAGAGAAAGACAGUGAAAUUUCACCCACGGCAGCCCUGCGGGAUUGUGUCCCGGACGCCAACCCUGGGGAAGAGGACCAGGUCCCGAGAGCUGGCAGGGAUGCCUCGUAUCUGGACUCUGAACUCUUGAACGGCAGGGACGCAGACUCUCAGUCCUGUUCGUCUAAAGCAGAUGAGGCUCUUAAAACCUUGGCGGCACUGAAGCAGGUGCUGGUGACCCAGCUGAUGGCUCAGGAUGAGGGCGAGCAAUUGUGCCGAUCGGCCGGCAGUCGUCUCCUCAGGACCACCUCUCUACGCACACCGGUGGAGCACAGCUCCAUUCGCACCCCUAGUCGAGCUAAGGACUACAACUCUGGAGAUACGGGCUUCUACGAGUACCCAGAGGACUAUGCAGCUUACCUGGUUCUGGAGGGGUACGGUGGCCCAGGCGAGAGCAGUACAGAUGAUGAUAUUCAGGUCCGGAGAAAGGAGUCAAGUUUGGCCCACAGCUGUGCUGCUGACUCGGGCAUCAGCCUCAAGUUCUCCUCACCCUCCUCAGGCAGCACGUCCCGCCUCAGCAGACAGGUCCUCACACAUUUACGCUGCCUGCAGGCCAACCUCAACCACCUCAAGGAGAUGGAAACAAAAUAUUAUAAUCUACUUCGCCAAAGGCCGGAUGGCUCAGCCGCUGAUACGGACGAGAGCAGAGAUAAGAAAUAGGGUGGCAGAAGUUCCCAGCUCCUGUGAUGAAGAGGGCAUCGCAUCUAUCCAUAACAUGCUCCGCACAAGCCUGUCUUCCUCACCGCUGAACACCUCCAUCCAAAAAUGAGGGGAAUAUUCUAACAAGGCCUCGCGCUUCUGUCAGCACUCGUCAAUUAGGGAAGACGGACUGUCUCCUCUCAGCCUUACCUGUCCCGAGUACAUGUCCUCAUUCCAACGAACGUGGGCAGCCCAGUCUCUGCUCCUUCCCCAGCAGCCCUCGCUAAAGAAAGGAGAACCAUACCAAAAUGUACAAAGCUGUGUGUUUAGAAAAUAUAUAAGUUGAGAAAGGAUUUUUUUUAAACUAAUAAUGUAUUAAGCAGUUUUUUUUAAACCCAAGAUGUAUUUAUUUUUCCUUUUAGUGUUUUCCAUGUUUCUCGCAUGCUUCUGGCUGUCGAAACUCUUUAAGCUGUCUGUCGCUGUAGGCUCCAGUGUGACUGAACGGGGUGAGCGCUCCAGAAUUCAGACUCUUUUUCUCCCCCACAAUCUAUACGCGUGGAAGCCCAAGCUUGUGCAGUACAUAAAGAGAAGUUUUUGCUCAAGGCCUCCCUCAGUUACUCCAGCCAGCUGACAUUCCUCCCAGAGCCCUGGACUGAUUCAUUGGCCCCGGAGACCCUCCUGCUGAGAUGAAGAGUGGAUGGAGUCUGCAGCUACAUUUUGAUGAUUGCAAAAAGAGAAGAUUGGCCAUCAGGAUUGAAGGUGAUGCAAAACCUGGAAAUAAAGAUGCAAUGACAAAAUCUUUAUACU